AUGAAAAAGCAUUUGGCGAAGAUAGGUGGAGACAUUAAGAAGUGUUCUAAGGUCCUGUAUGAUGUAGAAAAAGAAAUGGAAGGUUUAUUAAAAGAAAUUCAGAAAAGUAAAACUAGUAAAGGGAAAGUAAGUUUCAAUGAAGAGGGUACUGAUGAGAUUGAGGAUGCAAUUGAUGAAGCAAUAGCGCAAGAAGAACAACAAACUCCGUGUCAGUUACCAACUAAGAAGGUGAUUGGAGGCGAUCCAAAAAAGAAAGUCAAAAUUAUUAUUCCUCCUAUGUUUGCACAAAGAACAACUCCGAAAAGUCAACCAAGUAUGAAAAGUGUGUUUCAAAACAAAGAGGCACUUCAUGAAGUUGAUAAGCGAGUGGCUAGAUGGCUUUUGGAUUGUAGGAUUCUUUUCAAUGCAGUUAUGUCACCCUUUUUUCAAGAUAUGUUGGAUGGUGUUGCUGGCAUCGGGCCUGGUUAUAAAGGUCCUUCUUAUGAUAAGCUGAGGGUUAACUUAUUAGCAGAUCUCAAAAGAGAAUGCUUCAAAUGUGGUAAAAAUGCUUCAAGCUUGUGUGACCUAUUUUCGGAGGUGAUUGAAUGGAUUGGACCUGAUAAUAUUGUUCAUGUAGUGACAGAUAAUGCCACGAAUUAUGUUGCUGCUGGUAGGCUUAUUAAUAAGAAAUUUGAAAAUAUUCACUCGUCACCUUUUGCUGCUCAUUGCUUGAAUCUUAUUCUAAAAGAUAUAAGCAGCACGCCACAUAUUUCUAACCUUACAACAUGUGCUUCGAAGAUUAUCAUGUUUGUGUAUAAUCAUACGGUGUUCUUGUCUUGGCUAAGACAAAGAACUGAUUGCAAGGAGAUUGUUCAUCCAGGUGCAACUCGUUUUGCCACUAUCUUCAUCACAUUGAAGAGUAUCUUUGAGCGCAAAUCAGAUUUACAAGCAUUGGUUGUUGAUACACACUUUACCGAACAUAAAUUAGGAAGGAGUGCUAAUGGUAGAGCUGUGAGUGCAAUUAUCCUAGACAAUAAAUUUUGGAAUGAUUGUUUUACUGCAUGCAAAAUUGGGAGUCCGUUGAUUAAAUUGCUGAGGUUGGUAGAUGCCGAUGAUAAACCAUCAUUGGGAAUUGUUUAUGAAGCUUAUUUCUUGAAUCCUGCUUGCUUUUUUGAUGAAAAUUAUAGAGAAGCACCUGAUGUCAUGCGAUGUUUACUUGAUCUUGUUAUAUUACAUUGCAAGAUGAAUGGUGGAGCUUGUCUGGUGGUUCUGCUCCAUGUUUACAAAACAUGGCAGUUCACAUUCUUAGCUAAGCAUCUGCUUCUUCAGGAUGAGAUUGAUGCUGAUUUAGAUCAAGGUGGUGGUGGUGGUAGUAGUAGUACAUUUUAUGCUGCACCACUUGCUUUUUCUGGUCCAAGUAGUGAAAAUGAAGGUGAUGAUAUCAACGACGCAAAUCUGCAGCAAGUUAUGGAGGAUGUUGAUGAUUGA